CUGCGUCCGUUUGCUUCAUAGGAAUCAAUCAACCGUCUUUAAAAAGCCCACAACUGAAGAACCAAACGAACUCCUCUCUCAAAACAGCCACCAGCAAUGGCUAGAAUCCCCAAUUGGGUCGUCGUUCCCAUUUCCACCCUUCUCCUCCUCCUCCUAACCUUUCCGCCGCCGUCGCACUCAGAAACAGAGGAUGUAAGGCUCCCCCUCCUCCAGUUCAUGAAAUUCCUCACCCGCGGCAGGACCAUUCCUCUCCCCAACUUCGGUUGGAACGAAACCUCCGACCCUUGUUCCUGGACCGGUGUCACCUGCGAUUCGGAGUCUCGCAUCGUGGCAAUAUUCCUACAAGGUCUCGGUCUCAGCGGGCACCUGGAAACCAGAGGACUCUGUUCGGCCCAACUUUCUCUCCGCGUGCUGGUCCUCACCAACAACAGCCUCGUCGGCCCGCUUCAGCCGGAGAUCGCGAACUGCGCGAAUCUGACCCACCUGUUCCUCGGCGGGAACCAGUUGCAAGGCCCUGUUCCUGGCUCUCUCCCCCUUUUGACCAAAUUGAGACGGCUCGUGAUUGCGGACAACAGUUUCGACGGUGCUCUGCCCCGCGGCAUGUGGGGGAAGAUGUCGAGCCUGGUGGAGUUUCGGGCGGAUAACAAUCGGAUCGGUGGGGAGCUUCCUGGGGAUUUGGCGAUGCCGAAUUUGUUAGGUCGAAUGGCGUGGUUCGAUGUGUCGAAUAAUCGGCUGGUGGGGCAGAUUCCGAGUGGGUUUGCCAAUUUCUCUGCUUCGAGUUUUGCCGGGAAUCCUGGACUGUGUGGACCUCCGUUGUCGGUUGCUUGCUCGCCGGCUUCUGCUGCUUCCCCUGCACCUGGCCCUAGUAAUCACGGGAACUAGGAACAGAGACCAUAUUGAAAACUGUUGCUUACUGUACCGUUGAAACUUGAAACCCGUUCAUAAAAAAAAAAAAAAAAAAUAAACCUGAAACCCGUUUGAUUUUGUAUUGCAUAAUGUAAGCUGUAAUUCCAGGUGACCUUGUUGACCACUGUAAUGUCAUGUUGAUCCUUUUCGAAGGGGAGAUCAGAUCAUAGUAACCUUUGAACAAAUGAAAUGAAGGACGCCACAACUUUCUUCUGAAUAACAAGCCAUAGUUGCG